AUUCUUUGGUCGCAACCAACCGCGACACCACACCACUACCCCCACCGCGACGGCACCCUCAAAUUCACGACUCUCCGCUGGUCACCGGAUCGUCAUGUCCAUGAGGGCACCAUACCUAUUUCACCGCCCGCGCAGUCCUUGAACUCUUGUAAAUCAGAUUCCUCCACGACACCCCUUAGCAUUCGUUUGUUCAUUCCAAAAUGUCUCGGCCUUCGCCUCUUCUGGAUCCGACCAUACGGCGGGUGAGCGAAGACUCUGUGGGGGAGCGGUAUCCGAGGGAAAUAGACAGCCCGGUCAUGUCUCCGGCGAGCGUGGUUAGUGUAUGGAACGAAGGCGGGAAACGUACUGUUCAUUCGAAAUGGAGACAUACCCUUGGUAUAGUACUGCUGCUGGCGACCGUUUUUCUAUGGACUGCCAGUAAUUUCCUUGCAAGCACGAUUUUCGCGGACGACUCCUACUCUAAACCCUACCUUGUAACCUAUAUCAACACGGCUUUCUUCAUCAUUCCCCUCAUUCCUAUGUUGCUCAAGCAUGCAUGGGACGACCGGUCGAACCUCGCCCAACGCCAACCCCUCAUCUCCAAUAUCCGCGACUUGCUGCAACGCCGCGUAGGUCGGUAUAAGCUGCUCCGGGACCACGAAUCAUCCUCCUCCUCGCUAUCUUCAAAGUCCUCAGGAAGGGAGCGAAGCCAGUCCCCAGCCGCUGCGCAAUUAUUGCUUGGCGAUGAACCGGGAAGCGGCCAGGACUUGACCGCCAGCAUGCUCAUCCCACAAGAAGGCCUCACACUCGCCGAGACUGUGAAACUCAGCCUGGAAUUCUGCCUCCUCUGGUUCUGUGCAAACUACUUUGCAGCCGCGUGUCUCGAAUACACCACCGUGGCCUCGUCCACCAUCCUUGCUUCCACGUCCUCUAUUUGGACCCUCAUGUGCGGCUCCCUCCUCCGCGUCGAACGCUUCACCCUCCGCAAAUUCCUAGGCGUCAUGGCCUCCCUCGCUGGUAUCGCGCUCAUCUCCUCCAUCGACGUCUCCGGGGACACCGACGAAAAUAGAGGCUCCUUCCCCCAUAAGACGCCCCGCGAACUCGCCAUCGGCGACUCCAUGGCCUUCCUUUCCGCCGUACUCUACGGAUUCUACGCAGUGUUUAUGAAAAAACGAAUCGGCGACGAAAGCAAAGUCAACAUGCCACUCUUCUUCGGUCUCGUGGGCCUUUUCAACGUCUUCCUCCUCUGGCCCGGUCUCAUAAUCCUCCACUUAACGUCCAUCGAGCCUUUUUCCCUUCCCCCUACCUCACGCAUCCUGACCAUCGUGCUCGUAAACUCUGCAUCCAGCCUCAUCAGCGAUUUCUGCUGGGCCUACGCGAUGUUGCUGACGAGCCCACUGAUCGUGACUGUCGGGUUGAGUUUGACAAUUCCGUUGAGUUUAAUUGGUCAGAUGGUUCUAGAUGCACAGUAUUCGAGUUGGUUGUAUUGGAUUGGUGCCGCGAUUACGGUGCUGAGUUUUAUUUUUAUUAAUCGCGAGGAUACGAAGGACGAGGAGGAGGGACUGCAGGAUGCGGAGCCAGUAUUCAGCGUUAGGAGUUCGAUGCAGGGACGCAGGGAUUCGGUGAGGAGUUUAGGGAGUGCCACCGGGAGAGCGUAGGGAUCAGGGGGUUUGAUAGAUUUUAUUUCUCAUACAUCGUCGGCUUAGACGGAUCGGGUUUGGAAUUGAUGGACACGGCGUUAGGUGGUGGAUAUCCUAGGAGCAAAGGUACGACCAAUGAGAGGAAACCGUC